CCAAAUCUGGGAAAGCUUAUUAGUCAGUUUCGUGUUGCCUUCAGAUCUUAAUACACGUUAUCAAAUUUUCAAAGUCUUUCCUUUCACCAUGAAAAUUAUAAUUAUCAUUGGUGCCAUUUUGGCUGUGGCUGCUGCCGGUCGUCUUCCUGGACAUCGUGAUGAGGAUCAUUAUCACCAUCAUCAACCAGCAGCUUCUGAAGAAGUAGCAUCAGGCUAUCAGUAUCCUAAACCCGAAACGACAGCCUCAGAAAAUGUACAGUCUGGCUAUGACUACCCCAAGCCACAAGCUCCUGCAAGCAAUCUUUACUUGGCACCUCAAGAGGAACCAAAAGAAACGAAACAAGUCAGCAACGCUUACUUGGCACCUGAAGCUCAUCAUGAACAUCAGGAAUCAAGAAACGUUGAAAACACUUACCUCGCACCUAAACAGGAAUCCAGACAAGUUGAUAAUACUUAUCUCGCUCCAGAAGCCAGUCAACCUGAGAACUCUUACAUCCCACCAAACCACGGACAAUUCUAAUAAUUAAAAUAAUAAUUAAAGGAAGGGAUAAUUAAAAUCAUCCUUCCUAACUUUUCAUAAAUUCAACACUAAAGUGUAUCUUACUAUGUCGUAAAUAAAAAAAUAUUUACCAUU